AUGCUCUCACGUGUUGCUGCAGUGAAGGCACCCCGCACACACAACCGUCGCCGCGUGACCGGAUCCAGCGGAAGGAGGAGGGAAGGAAGAGAGAGUGAGCGGCAGAGAUCCAACAUGUCCCGGCGUGUGUUUACUUAUGCGGUACUGUUCCUCCUCGUCGUGAUGAUGUUCUGCGGCACUGGUGGAGCUACAGCCACUGAGGGCACGUCGUCAGCUUCAGGAUCUUCACCGGAUAAAAGUCUUGUUUGGAGAGAUAAGAACGGAGGAGAAACAGUGAGUUCGUUACGUGUUCCAGUUCUUGUUGAGAUGGAUGGUGGCGUGUUUGCCGUUGCCGAGGCGCAGUGCACGGAAGCCGGCAAGAACGGCUUUACUGGGAUUGCCUCGGAGCUCCUGGAGUGGACCGAUAAAGAAUCAAACGAAUUGGAUACAACUAAACUGAAGACACAAGUACUGGAGGAAUGUCAGUUUGAACAAGGGAAGUGUCCUUCCCCAAAAGGAGCUCCGGAUGCUUCCCAAAGCCGGACAAAAGUACAUGUGAGCCGACCAACAACAGUCGUGCAGGGAAGUGAUAUUUACAUGUUUGCUGGAACCUACAGUUUUGAAGUUAAGGCAGCUGCUGGUAACACAGCAGCAGCAGCUAAAUGGGAGCUUUUGGUGGCUGUGGGAAACGUCAGUAAUGAUGGGAGCAGCGGUAAAAAAAUUUAUUGGAAAGACGCUUCCGUUAUCCCGUGGACUGAUUUUGAAACACAACACGAAUCAUUGACACGGCUGAUUGGCGGCGGUGGAUCGGGUGUUCAGAUGAAGGACGGUACGCUUGUGUUUCCCGUGGAAGGCACGAAGAGGGAUGGAAACGCCGUUUCGCUGAUAUACUCCUCAGCCACUGAGAGUGGGAAGCUGUCGAAGUGGAUGUCUGAUGGUGGCUGCGGCGAUCCCUCCGUCGUGGAGUGGAAGGAGGGAAAACUCAUCAUGAUGACUGCGUGUGAUGAUGGCCGCCGCAGGGUGUACGAGUCCGGAGACAAGGGGGAUUCGUGGACGGAGGCACUCGGGACACUCUCGCGCGUGUGGGGAAGCAAAAAGGUCGGAAGUGAGAAGGCCGUUAGGAGCGGGUUCACUACAGCGAAGAUUGAGGACAGGGAUGUGAUGCUCGUUACUCUGCCGGUGUAUGCCAAUAAGGCUGAUAAAGAAGUAAAUGUAAAGGGCAGACUCCAUCUUUGGCUGACGGACAAUACGCACAUUGUUGAUAUUGGGCCGGUAUCCGUGGAAGGAGACGAUGAGGUUGCAGCCAGCUCCCUGCUGUACAAAAGUGGAGGUAAUAAUGAGUUGAUUGCACUGUACGAGAAGAAGAAGGGCGAAGGGGAGAAACCAUCACUCGGUAUGGUCUCUGUGCGUCUGACUGCGCAGCUGAAGCGGGUGAAGGAUGUGCUGGCGACGUGGAAAAAAGUGGACGACAUUGUCUCCAAGCUGUGCCCCUCUAAAAAUCCUGCGAAGGAUCCCUCAGCUGACAAUGCCUGCAGCGCUGUUAAGAUCACGACUGGGCUGGUUGGCUUUUUGUCCAAAAACUUCUCUGAUAACACAUGGAGGGACGAGUACCUUGGGGUGGAUGCCACAGUAAAGAAAGGAACGAAUGGAGUGGCAAAAGGGUAUGCGGAUGGUGUGACGUUCCGGGGAGCGUGGGUGGAGUGGCCCGUUGGCGCGCAGGGGGAGAAUCAGCUGUACCACUUUGCGAACUACAACUUCACUCUUGUGGCGACGGUGUCCGUCCACGGUGAGCCGGAGGGAGAUACUCCCAUUCCUUUGAUGGGUGCGAAGACGAAUGACAAUAAGAAUCCUGUGCUCCUGGGACUGUCGUAUGACAAAGAGGGGAAGUGGCAGGUGCUGUGCAGUGACGGAACGACCAAGGAACUCCGCAGUAAUUGGGAGCCAGAGACAACACACCAAGUGGCCAUUGUGCUACGGAACGGCAAACAGGGCUCCGCGUACGUCGAUGGUAAGCGUGUGGGAGAUGCGUCAUGUGAAUUGAAAAGCACGGAUUCGAAAGGAAUCUCCCACUUCUACAUUGGAGGGGAUGGAGGCAGCGCAGGGAGCAAAGAAGGCGUGCCUGUGACCGUGACGAAUGUCCUGCUGUACAACCGCCCGUUGGAUGACAAUGAGAUCAACGUCCUCAACGCAAACAAAAUUUCUAUUCCAAAGCUGACAGGUCUGAAAACAUUGGCGGCAGGAGCAACGGGUGUCGGUACCGCUCGCCACUUUGGGGCAAAUGGUGAUGGCAGCACUGUUUGCGGAGGCGGACUGCUGCCGCUGCUCCUUCUGCUUGGAUUGUGGGGGAUUGCCGCUUCUUGA